AUGUCGUUAUCCGUCCCUCAUAGCCUUUAUAACGUGCUGAAAGCAAAGCUAAAUAGUCGCAUCUUCAGCGUGCGCGUAGGAGAUACCCGGUCGCCGCUUCGAUCUCUGACAGCAAGGGCCCCUCAGGGAUCACUUCUCUCGGCCCUAAUAAUUACAAUUUACAUGAGCGACGUGCCCUUGCUGUCCGAUUCACACACACGAAUAGCCCUCUAUGCUGAUGAUACUACCGUAUAUACCUAUUCGAAGUCUUCCUUCUUUCUAUGCAAAGUGAAGAUUCUAUGGUAUUCUCAAGAGAAAUGCCUGGAAUUCCUCGUCGACAACAAAAUUUCCUGGCUGCCUCACGUGGACUAUAUGGUGGCGAAGAUCUAG